UUUAAGAUCAGUAUGAUAUGUACCGCUGCUCGGAAUACGACACCUCUAACUGCCGGGGGUGUGUGUCUGUGCACCAUAUUAUACAUUGUAGUUGAGAGCACCAGUUCGGCACGUUUUAAGCAACUUGGAAUGCGAGCCCGUAGUGCCUGCUGUACUCUAAUGUAUAAAAAGUCUCUCAAACUGAACCAACUAAUGACGGCUAAACUCACUGAUAAGAGGCUACAAUAUAUGGUUGAGGUCAUAUCUGGUAUGCAUAUCGUUAAAAUGUAUUCCUGGGAACAACACUUCGCAGACCUCGUGGCUGAGGCACGAAAUUGUAAACAAUCGCCCGAAGUGUCCAUUAAUAACAUAACAGCCCACUGGAGUGAUGAGAGCGCGUAUCCAAUUCUUCAAAAUAUAUCGGCACAGUUAAAUGCCGGGGAUUUAUUGGCUGUCAUCGGACCGGUGGGGGCGGGAAAGAGCUCACUAUUGAUGACAAUUCUGAAAGAAAUGCCGGUUCUAUCGGGAAGUAUAGAAACUGUGGGUUCGAUAAGCUAUUCCUGUCAGGAGUCUUGGAAUUUCAAUACUAGUGUCCGAAAUAAUAUACUCUUUGGAAACGAAUACAACGAAUUCCGAUAUAAGCGAGUGUUAGAGGUGUGCGCUUUGGAGCGAGACUUAGAGAUAUUCCCGUUCGGAGACAAGACAUUAGUCGGUGAGAGAGGAGUACAGCUAUCGGGGGGACAGAAGGCCCGCAUCACGUUAGCCAGAGCUCUGUACCGAAACUCAGACAUUGUAUUAAUGGACGACCCGUUGAGUGCUGUCGACACUAGUGUUGCCAAACAUAUAUUUGAUAAAUGUAUAGUCGACUACUUGUGCGACAAAAUCCGUAUUCUAGUCACACAUCAAAUCCAAUUCAUACGAAAAGCGACACAAAUAUUGGUUUUGAACGACGAGGGAAAGUGUCUGGNAAAAGCGACACAAAUAUUGGUUUUGAACGACGAGGGAAAGUGUCUGGGAUUGGGAUCCUAUGAUGAGCUCCAGUCCCGGGGUUUAGACUUCAUGUCUAUUCUUAGCGAUCAGGAGAGGGAAGCGGACGAUAAGUUAUGCGCAACGAAUAAAGAACUGAAGCGAACGACUGAUAAAAAUCAAAACACGGAUAACAUUAACACUUGUGAGCAAACAAGAGAUGUGAUUAUCUACUCCUCAAUGAUGGCCGCGCUAUUCAUCGCAUCCCUAUUGAGAGCCAUCACAUGGUUUGUGAUGUUUAUGAGAGCUUCAGUUAAUCUCCACAACACUAUAUUCUAUCGUCUAUUACGGGCCCCGAUAUCUGUGUUUGAGAAAAACCCAAUCGCUAGAGCUAUUUACAUCAAAUCAGCUAGGGACAUUAAACGAGCUGAAUGUUUGACCCGGAGUCCAGUGUUUUCACACGUGAGCACUACAUUCAAUGGGUUGGCCAGUGUUAGGGCCUUUGAGGCGCAGGAGAUGUUUGAGAAACAAUUUUACGUGUACCAAGAUGAUCACUCGGCCACCUGCAUGCUUGUCACCCAUGCUUGCCAUGCAUUUGCUAUCAUUAUAGACGGACUGUUUUUUAUGACAUUUCCCGGUCACUUAGGAGCGGGAGAGGCGGGACUCGCUUUAUCGUCAGCUUUAAUGUUGACGGGAUUGACUCAAUUUGGUGUAAGGCAAUCGGCAGAGUUGGAGAGUCAGAUGACUUCAGUCGAGCGCAUCAUUGAGUACUCAAAAUUACCACAAGAGGCGGCCCUCACAGCACAUGAUAGCCAUAAACCCCCUCCCGAUUGGCCACAGAAGGGAGAGAUAGAGCUCAAGGAUAUGAGUUUGUGUUACGAGGGAUCAGACAAACCG